AUGUUGCAGGCGUCCUACACGAGGUUGCUCAACAGCAACAACUUCGCUGCGAUCGGCGACAGCGACCGCGUCUACAACACGACGCCGGAGGGCCUCGCGGAGCUGGUCGCCGGCGUGGCCGGCGACGACGCCGGCGACGGCGCCGCAAAGCCCUCCCUGCCGGACUACAUCGGCGUCGCAAACUACUGCAAGUCGCUGGUCCUCAACCCCGCCAUCAACAGCUUCAACUUGCAGGUCGACGACAUCAUGCGCAUCUGGGAGACCCGGCUCCUGUGCAUGUUCAUCGUGAACCUCGCUGCAAAGAAACACUUCGGCAGCACCAGCAGCACCGGCCUGGUCUCCGACAAGAUGCUGCAGGUCGAGGCCGGCAACGUGCUCGACCAGGUGGCGUACCUCAACUCCGCCACAGCCGGCGCCUCCGCCGCCGGCGACGUGCUCCAGAAGCAGAGCACCCACCCCCGCUCCCGCAAAGACGUCAAGCUCGAUCGCCAGUUCGCCAACCUCCUCCUGUGGAUCAAGCACGCCGGCAGAGACCUCGUGCUUCUCGACCACUACUACAAGGAGGCCUUCCGGGCCCGCACGUCCGGCCAGCAUGACCAGGACUACCUCGGCCGCCUCCAGUUCGCCAUCCUCGGCGUGCUUCUCCGCCGCAAGGAGCUCUUCACUGCCUACACAAUCGCCAACCAGGAGAACCAGCUCACCUCCGAGCAAAUGCUCCGUGUCCGAGACAGAAUCGACAACAACACCCCAGACACAGACCUCUUUUGUCUCCGCUUAUCUCUCGAGCCCGUCACCCCGGGGACAGAGCCACCCUCUGCCGAUCGGAACCGCUCGCCCAGCCCGCUCUACAGGCAGCUCGCUCAAACCCUCGACGCGUGCACGUGA